AUGGCUGCGCUCGGUUCUUCUGUUACCUCCACAGGCUUGGCACUUCACACCUCUGUGAUUCUUCGUCGUCGCCACGGGAAUCCAGUGGUCUCGGCAUCCUCUCAUCACCAACGAAGUCUUAAUGGCUUAGCGACGAAUUCUUCAGGCAUGAACAAUGCCUUACCUAUCAGAGGAACUACUACACGAAUUCCUGCAGUUGGUCCGAGCCCUGCAAAUCCGUCACCGUCAGGAGGAAACCUCCCAAUACCCAAGAUUCUUCCAUUGGCCAAGUGGGUGUUUAGUGCCGCCAUAUUUGCAGUGCCUAUGUAUAGAAGGUUCAGAACAUUAGAAGCAGAUAAGAUAGAGAAGACGGCAGAGGUGGCAAUCGAGGUGAUCGACAAGGUGGCAGAGGCGACGGAGAAGGUCGCCGAUGAGGUUGCGGAAGAGUUCCCCGGCAAUGAGAGUAUCAAGAAAGCAGCCUCCAAGAUUAAGAAGGUCAUGGACGUGAUCGAGGAAGAUGCCGACAAAGCUGAGGCCCUGAUCGAGAAGGUACGUGCUGAUCUGGUAGUCUAG